GGAGGAGGAAGCCACCAGGAACAGCAAUAGCAACAGCAACCGCAGCCAAACAAAACUGAAAACGGAAAAGUUGCUCUGAAACAGACUGCAGGAGUGGAGAAAGGGGACUGAGAGGGGAAUGAGGGGAGCAGCCAGCGGAAGCCGAGGCUGAAAAGUUCCCAAAUUUGGUAGACAGACCCCUUUCUGGCCAUCUCGUUCCCACUUGCAGCCGGAACAGUUAGCAGCAGCUGGAAUUUGAUUUUAACGCUUAUUCGAGAGCUUGGGAUCUGUUUGUGGCACCAGCCACUGACAACCAUCACCAAGGCAGGAGCAACUGGCAGCCGAAUUAAACCCAGCACCAGGAAAACUUCACCCCGGAAACCCCACCCCCACUCCCCCCUUGGAAGCUACGCAUCAAUGGCAACACAUUGAGAUUGGCUGUCAAAGGGGAGCGGACGAAGUGGAGCUGUGGAAAUGUUCGCCACUUGCGGCGACACAUGCUCUGACAAUUUAUUGACUCCUCGCGGCACCCACACCCACACCCACUAAGCCACCAAACCCCGCUCCACCAUGGGACUCCUUCCCCUGAAUCUGAUCCCGAUCCUGCUCCUAUGGCUCACCAUUUCCACUUCGGUCAGCGGCUAUCUGAACAUUUUCAUCAGCCACCACGAGGUGAUGAAACUGAUGGGACUCGAGGCGGACCUGUUCUAUGUGCACGAGGGAGCCAUCAACACAUACGCAAUGCACUUCACCGUUCCAGUGCCUGCGGAUGUCCAUGAGCUGGAGUUCUCCUGGCAGAGUCUGAUUGCCUACCCACUGCCAUACGCCAUUAGUAUCGAGUACAACAACGACCAGGAGGCACUGGGCACGCCCACGCUGAGCAUUCCGCACAAGGGGCUGGUGCCACAGGAGAUCGAGUCCUUCCUGGUUUACCUGCCCUGCACCGGAAAUGCGAGCCUACAGAUGCCCGUCAAUGUCAACAUGGUGGUGCGUGCUCCUCCUCGAUUCAACGACACCCGGCUCCACUUCAAGCGCAAUAAGAUCUGCGCCAAAGGCAUCUCACCUGAGCCCAAUCAAUCGCCGGCGCCUGCCCACGCCCCCUCCCAAGGACCCGCCCUGCUCAGUGCCGCCGCCUGUGCUCUGGGUUUGGUUUUGGCCGUGGGUCUAGUGGCCAGCAUGAUGUAUGUGAGGGCGCGCAAACAGCUUCGCCAGGACUCGCUACACACCAGCUUCACCACCGCAGCUUAUGGCAGCCACCAAAACGUGUUCAUCCGUCUGGAUCCCCUGGGAAGACCGCCGAGUGCCACGGGCUCCUAUGCGACCAUUGCCAGCCUCAACAAAUACCCUGCGGACAGCAAAAAGUCGUGCAGCAUAUUCGACCGUUUCCGGAGCUCACCCACCCCCACGCCGUAUGCCACCGCCCUGCUGCCCAUGAAUCUCGAGCAGACCGCAGAGACGAUUUACUCGAAGCCAGAGUCGAUCUGUCCCUCGAGGAUUUCCUACUACGCCUCCUCGCAACUGACCCAGCCCUGCAGCCUCUCGACGCCGAAGAGCAUUCGCAGCAAUGGGAAUGGCAACUGCACCAGCGGAAGUGGCAGCUUGAGCCUUUUUGGGGGCAUACCCACCGGCAGCACCAUCACCAUGGCCAGUCACGGCCAUGAGAAGGGCAACCAGCGGCUGCGACGGAUACCCAGCGUCCAGCCGGGCGCCCUCAGCUACGAGGAGCUGGUCAAGGAGGGCACCUUCGGCAGGAUCUAUGCCGGCAAGCUGGGCGAGUCCUGCGAGGCGCUGGUGAAGACCGUCAUCGAUGGCGCCUCGCUCACCCAGGUGGCCUGCCUGCUGCAGGACGCCUCCCUGCUGAUCGGCGUCAGUCAUCAGCACAUCCUGGCACCGCUGCUGGCCAACACGGAGCUGCCGGGUCCGCCGGAGAUCGCCUAUCCCCAUCCGUCCAAGGGCAAUCUCAAGAUGUACUUGCAAAAGUCGCGGGAGUCGAGCACGGCAUUGAGUACGCGCCAACUGGUCGAGUUUGGGCUGCACAUCACCAAGGGAUUGGCCUAUCUGCACUCCCUGGGCAUCGUGCACAAGGACAUUGCCACACGCAACUGCUACCUGGACGAAGAGUCAUAUGUGAAGAUCUGCGAUAGCGCCCUGUCCCGCGAUCUCUUCCCGGACGACUACGACUGCCUGGGCGACAAUGAGAACCGGCCGCUGAAGUGGCUGUCGCUGGAGUCGCUCCAGAAACGAGUGUAUGCCACCCAGGGCGAUGUGUGGGCCUUGGGCGUCACCUACUGGGAGCUGGUCACCCUGGCCCAGAUGCCACACGAGGAGGUGGACAUAUUCGAGCUUACCAAUUACUUGGCUGCCGGCUUCCGGCUGGAGCAGCCCGUCAACUGCCCAGAUGAAUUCUUCACGGUCAUGAACUGCUGCUGGCACUGCGAGGCCAAACAGCGACCCACGCCCUCCCAGUUGCUAUCGUAUCUGCAGGACUUCCAUGCGGAUCUGGGCAUGUACAUCUAAGCGAGACGAAGGACUGACGCAGGACUGACGCAGGAUGAGCGGUAUCCAGGUGGAGUCAAGCGGAGCGAAGCCCAAUAUAAAUUAAUUGAAACUUUUGCAUUUUAAAUGUGAGAUUAAAUGUGAAUUUACCUGUUAGAGUUUGGCGCAAAACCAAUUACACUGAGAGCCAGCUAACUUCAGAUACGUAAGCACACGCAUAUACACACACCAGUACACUGGGGUGGACCUCUAUCACCUGCAUUUAACUAUUAAACUUAAUAAAAGCAGGUAAAAGCAUUACAUCUCUCUCAAGAGAUAUCUGUAAUGAGGUAUAUCAACAAAGGCCACACGGCGUAUGAGCUAUUUCAGUUAGAGCGCACAAAUGAACAUCGAAUACUUUAAGGCCACACUGCGUAUGAGCAAUGCAGUUUGCUGGCCUUAAAGUUCCAUCUCACUUCGAACAUAGAGCAACUAAGGGCAACACACUGCGUAUGCGUGAUGCCCUUGAAAGCCGUGCAUCAAAGCGAGUCAAAAGUCAAAUAGCAACUGAGGUCCACCCAACAAUAGAAGAGCUAUCAUUUUCCAGCCCGUUGACACCAGAGCCAGAGGUCGAAAUGACCCCCGGGCGGCAUGAGGGUUAAGCGUUAGAUAAAACUGACAUUUAAGUAGUUAGCAAUUGAAUAACAAACACUCACACGCAGCGAAACACACAGAAUUACGCCGAAACAUUGAAAACAACACACACGGACACAGACACGAAACUUAAAUGAUAAAUGAAUGUGAAUUAUUGAUGUGCAUAUUUUAUUGAAUGUGUGUAGCGUGUAAGCCAAGCCACAGGACGAAGGAUUGAGCGGGAAGAGGUGCGACAACAGGAUGCGGAAUCUUUUGUUCACGAAUGUUGUCCUCGAGAUUGUUACGAAUGCGAUAUAUUUAUUUACCUUGAUUAUUAUUAUUACUAUUGCGUAUGUCAUAAGGGAGGAAGUUCAAAACAGAAUCUGUAUCAGGUGAAAAGCAAAAAGAGCAAAUGUUAAACCGAUGGCAAACAACCGAUAAACAUUAUCCACACCCACACAACUACACUCGCUUGCAUAGAGCUCCCUUAGCACCUUAACCCCAGAAUGCUCCGCACUAAUUCACUUUCGGAGAAACUGGUCGCAAUCGUUUCGUUGCUCAAUUAGUUCGAAGCCAAAGGACAGGGGAAUAAUCUCCGCCCCUGACAGCUUGCGCCAUGAAAUAUGCAAUUUGCAAUAUGCACCUGGGUUUUCGCUCAGUGCAUUUGUGAGUUUGUGAGUUUCACUGCGCUCGCUUCUCAACCUGUCACUUGGCCCCAAUCCGAGCCAAAAUCUCCAGCUUAAGACGUCCUUGCUGUUUGUGUACGCCUUUUAGUUGAAUUAGCUAGAAAUUGUUUCUGUUUCCGUUUCUGUUUCUGUUUCUGUUUCUAUCUCUGUAUCCAUUUCCACAGAGUUAUGUAUUAAUUUGCCUUUGCGUUAGCCAAGCCAGGCGGCAACUUAAAGUUGUCAAGCCCCAAAAAGCCCCACAUCCCCCACAAGACUUGGAAACUGAACUGGGAUGGGAGUGGGUGUGCCCAGAAGACUUUGCAGAUGAUUUAUUCAGUGGAAUAAUCCUCACCCAUCCCAAGUUACUUUCCAAUUAAUAAAUAGAUAAAGGCCGCCACCUAAACGUAGUUUAAAUGUUCUCUGUAGUAAUGAAAGCAAAAAGAGAAACUGCAAGAAAUGCAAAUACGAAUACAAAAACCAGUCACGCACCGAAUUAACUAAUGUCGCAAUAGAAAAUAGUUCCAAACCAGCAGCUGCUUAUUCGUCUAGCUACGUAAGCCAUCUUCGAUAUUGUUUAUUCUUAAGCUUCGCACUCGACUAUGGAAAUGUUACUAAGCAAAUACUGAUAAUACGGAAAUACUAAACUGCAAACUAUCAAAGCUCUCUGCAUUUAAUAAAUAUCCCCAAAAAAGGCUGCCAGGCAGCCAACUCAGCACACUCACAGAAAACAACACCCACACGAAGAGGAGAACUUUAAAUACAUAUAUUAUAAAGCUACGGAGACGGAGCUCUUGAAUCAAAGGAGCAGCCCCACUACUAUAACUAACUGAAUGUGUUUCAUGUUUAUACAUACAUACAUAUAUGUGUACGUGAGUGUAUGUCUAUGACUAAACGUAUAUUUUGUCGUCAAAUUGAAAACCUACUGUAAAGGCUAUUAAGAGGAAAAGCAACAGCACCAGCAACACCAACACUAGCAAACGUGUAAGGCCCGGAAGGAAGGGGCCAAAACACACACAAGCAGACACAGACACACACACACACACACACACACAUAGAAGAAGCCUAGAAACCACGAAGCAAAACAAGUUGUCAUUCACUCUACAUAUGUCUCACUCCUUAACUCUAUAUAGAUGUAUCCCUGUAUCCUACUUUUAGAUAUACUCUAGCGUAUGAUUGUAUGUGUAUACAAAAACUCGAAACUAAUGUGUUUUCGUCUACAAACGAAAUGAAGAAGGAAUAUCUGCUAAGACACUCACACACACACACACACACACUCGUAACUCUCUAAAUACUCAAAACUCCCUGACACCUUCGAGACUCACCCCGCCCCACCCACCACCCCCUCUAACUAUCCGAACGCUUUUCUAAGUGGGCGUGGCACCAGGACAAAGCUAAGAACCAGAACGACAACCUUAAGCAGAAAUUCAAUUUUUGUGAAGAGCGGCAGCCGGAAACGAAAAGCAAAAAAAAAAACAGAAAAUCUUAAAAACUCUGAAACAAAACAAACA